AUUAAAUUCAUAAUAAGAAUCAUUAUUUUAAAAAAAAUAUUUAAUAGAAAAUAAUGGAUAUUGAAAUGGAGGUUGAAGUCUUCGAUUCUAAUUUUAAAACUACCUUGACAAUGGAUGACAGUGUAAAUAUACGGGAACUCAUUGAGUAUAUUCAGCAAUAAUAUUAAGAGUAAAGUUAUAUAUUACAAUUUAGAUUAUUCCGUGGGGUGAAUAUUAAUUAAAUCUAAAUUUUAAUAGGAGGAACAAAUUAAAUUAUUCAACCAUCAGAUAAAACUCUUAAAGAUGUGUUAAACAAUUAAAGAAGAGCAAAAUUUAUUUUGAAAAAAGGCACACCGUAAUAGCAAGCAGUCAAUGAGUUUCAAAACUCAAGCUAAUAGAUUAAUAGAUAAUAACCAAAUAAUCAAUUUAUAGCAAACCAAAUGACCGGUUAUAAUAAUUAGAACCUUGUUAAUUAAACAUAAUCAAGAUAAUAAUAAUAUUAAUAUUAAUAAUAAUAAUAAUAAUACUAAUAAUAAUAAUAAUAAUAAUAAUAAUAAUAAUAAUAAUAAUAAUAAUAAUACUAAUAAUACUAAUAAUAAUAAUAAUAAUUAUAAAAUUAAUCGAUAUACAUGCAAUAAAAUAUGUACUAUUAUUUUUAAAGCUUAGUGAUGUAAAAAUCAAGGAUUUAUAGAAUUAAAUAACUUAAGUCUCACUAGAUGAUAGUCUUCAAAUUAGAGAGUUAAUUUAAUUUAUUUAAGAGCAAAUUUAAUAAAAUCUAUAGUAAUUUAAUUUUUAAUUUAGGCAAAUCUAAAUUUACUUUGGGCAAGUUAAUAUAUUGUAGGUGAAUUAAAAUAUAACACUAAAACAAUUAGGAAUGAAGAAUUAAACUUUAUUGGAAAUAAAGCCAAAUAACUAAAGAGUUCCAUAAUAAUUGUAUAUAAUUAUAUUUAAAUUAGUCCUGUUUAGAUAGGAGAGUAGUAGAUAAUUGGUACAAGAACUUAGAAUUAACCAUAAACUUCUAUUGAUGAUUCUCCACAACUUUAGAAUUAAGUUGAUAAAAAAAUUUAGAGUAAUUAAUAACCAUACGGACAAUAAUAUCAAUCAAAUUAAUUAAAAAAUACUGUAUAAAUUUAAUAAAAUGGUCCUCAAUAAUAAAUGGGGGUUGGAAAGUAAGUGACUGUAAACUUUGAGAUAUUGGAUGGUAGCAUAAAAAGGUAAUUCUCAACAAUAACAAAUACAAACAAUACUUUAGGAGAGAUAUUGGAUGCGGUUUAUCAAUAUCUAGGAAUAUCAAAGUAAAAAUGAUUUAUAUUUUUAGAGAAGUAGCUUCUGUUGAUCUCUACAUUAAUAAUACUCCAUUUGGAGGAAAUAAACUAUUACAAUCUUUGGAACUUCUUUAGAUGACUUAAGAUAAUAUGACAUUAUAAGUAAAAUUAAGAUGGAUUGGUGGAUGAUGAA